CAGAAAGCGAAGGUGGGAAAAACAAACCGGAAGAAGGAAGCAACAGACACAAUCCAGGAUUCGAGCGAGGAGAACGUAGCGGAGUGAGUCGGCAGAUCCCAGUCCACUUCGGCCAUGGCUCUUCCCACCGCGUUCUUGUCUGCAGACCAGUUUACCUGCUCCAUCUGCCUGGACGUGUUCAACAACCCUGUGUCGACGCCCUGUGGACACAGUUUCUGCCAGACUUGCAUCUCCUCCUACUGGGAUUCUGCAGCAGGCAACAAGACCUACCAGUGCCCCCUCUGCAAGGAGUCCUUCCGGAAGAGACCCGAGCUGCAUAUCAACCGGACACUGAAGGAAAUCACUGAGCAGUUUGUGAAGAUUGCCAACUCCGGUUUGGUCAACAGCGCAGGUGAAAGAGGAGGGACGGAGGAGUCGCACCACCACAUUCAGAGUCAGCCGCUGCUGGCGUCCUCUCCAAGACACGGGGAGAUGCCGGACAGCGUCUUUGCCGAGAUGAUGACUCGGUUUCAGCAUAUGCCGACCGCAGCUGGCCAGCCCUCUGACCCUCGUCGAAUGAAAGGUCAAGCUUCCGUCAGUCAUGAGGAACACCCGGACUUGCCUCCAUCCUACUCAGCGGUUCGCAGGUACACCGUCAGUGCUGCCAGUGACUCCAGCUUCAAGUUUCCGCCCUGUCCGAUUCACGUGAGAGGUCUGGAGUACUACUGUCGGGAAGACAACGUUUUCGUGUGCAACCUGUGUGCAGAGUCCGACCACCGAGGGCACAGCAUCGUUCCCACCAGGAGAGAGUGGAACAUCAAGAAGUCCCAUCUGUCCAUCACAGCAGAGGCGGUGAAAGAGCUCAUCAGUGAGCGGGAAAGGAAAAUCGAGGAGAUACGAACUUCCUUGCGAGACAUCCAGGCCGCUGCAGAGCGAGAGACCGAUGGGACGGUGUGUAUGUUUUCCAAGCUGAUCUCUAGUGUGGAGCGCUGCCAGGCGGACAUUUUGGAGAUGAUUGAGAUGAGUCGCCGCGCAUCGGAACACAAGGCUCAGGUUCUUUUGAAAGAUCUUGACGAAGAAUUAGCGGAGCUGAAGAAAAGGAGCUCAGCUCUGAGUCAGCUCCUCCUGUCGGAAGACUACUUGCUGUUUUUCAGGACGUUCCCUGCCGUCUCUGCGAAUCCCCCGGUGAAGGACAGAUCGGACGUGUCUUUGUCCUCACCGCUCACCUCUGGAGCCAUCCUGAGAUCUGUCUCUCAGACCAUGGAACGCUUUCAGGACGAACUGCGAAAACUUCCUGAAGUCUGCCAGCAAGUGUCAUCCCAGCAGUCUGUUCCCAAAGCAAACCCAAAGGUCCGCAGAGUGCAGGAAUAUGCAGAUGACAUCACACUAGACCCCAACACGGCCCACCCCCGUCUGGUGGUGUCACCAGAUGGGAAGCAGGUGUACUGCGGCGAGCGCCAUCAGGCCGUACCUGACAACCCUGAGCGUUUUGACCGGGUGGUGUGCGUCCUGGCUCGUGAGGGCUUUAGUUCAGGGCGGCAUUACUGGGAGGUGGAGGUUGGAAGUAAAACUGACUGGGAUCUCGGAGUGGCCAGUCGGUCCAUCAGCAGGAAAGGAAAAAUCACUGUGAGUCCGGCUCAUGGGUACUGGUUCCUCAGCCUGAGGGAUCGGACCGACUUUGCGUUUCGAACGGAACCUUCGACCAACCUGACGGUGAACCAGAGACCCACACGUAUCGGGAUUUACGUGGACUGUGACAAAGGUCUGGUCUCCUUCUACAACGUGGACGCCAGGAUGCUGAUCUAUACGUUCAAUGACACUUUCCACAACACCAUCCACCCUUUCUUCAGCCCCUGCACCAAUAAGUCGGGCAGGAACGAAGCCCCUCUGAUCAUCUGUCCUGUUGCCAUGACGCAGAUUUAACUCAUUGAAACCAGACUGAAAUUAACUUCCUGUCCUGAUCCUGAUAAUCAAUGACCCAUGUUAACUGUAGCUGACGUCAAUAUAGGGGUUUCGGGUUGUUUGGAGGCGUUUAACUGUGAAAUCAUGAAGAAUAAAUUUGACCUUUUCUGAUUGAAUUAACCCCGUCACUCCGCUGGAGUCUGGUCCCGCAGGCAAUACAGAGGGCUCCGCUGCAGGUUUGAGUCUCUCCUGGGUGACUGAGGGAGUAAGGAGAGGCUUCCACAGCGAAUGAGUUUUCCACUCAUCUUUAUUCCACAAGUAACUGGUGCUAGAUCUGCUGUCUCUACAUGGAUUUAAACAAUGUGGUUACCUCGAUAGUUUGGACAGUCUUUGGCCCAUGACGGUGUCAACGUUCAGUCAAGUCAUGAAUAGCUAAAGAGAAUGUGCCCUGAUGAAAGAUUGUGUUGACGCCCGGCACUCAAAUGUGUUCGCAGCUACCAUUGGCACAUGUUGAUAUAGCUCUCUCUCUCUCUCUCUCCCCCUGCUCGACUGA